UCCUGUUGGGGAAGAAACCUACGAUUCCUCGACAUUGCGUCAGGUAUAUAUGCACUGCCCGCAGGGACAGCAAGGUCCUACUUUACACUUCUCUCCUCGUCAGGUACCCAUCCAUCCAACGACCCCUGGCUUGUUCGGGAGCAGAGAGCGAGCUCUUGAUCUUGAUCUUGAGGGAGGAAGGCGGACAUGGCUCGUUUUCUUAGGCCGUCCAACUGCAUUGGUGCCUACCUUCUCGUCCUCCUUGCCUUUUGCUGCUGCGGAACAGAGCAGCGGAGAGUAGAAGCAUCCAACCGACUCACCCAACACCCAAGGAUCCUGACCACCGUCUCGGUGAUGAAACCCUCGUACCCCACCAUCACCACGCCCACUUCCGCUUCCUACGCCAUGCCGGCGUACACGCCGAUGACUCCGUCCUCCAGGUUCCCCUCGCUGGCGGACGACAACGGCGGCGGUGACAUCGGCGGAGGUGGCAUUGGCGGUGGUGGUGCCACCGGCGGCGGCGGUACUGCUGGCGGUGCUGCUGGUGGUGCCACCGGUGGUGGCGGUACUGCUGGCGGUGCCACGGGUGGUGGUGGUACUGCUGGCGGUGCUGCUGGUGGUGCCACCGGCGGUGGCGGUACUGCUGGCGGUGGCGUGGGCGGCGGCGGUGCUGCUGGUGGCGGUGGGGGUGGCGGGACGUGGUGCGUGGCGAGCCAGAGCGCGAGCACGUCCGCGCUGCAGGUGGCGCUGGACUAUGCGUGUGGCUACAGCGGCGUAGAUUGCUCGGCGAUCCAGACAGGCGGGAGCUGCUUCAGCCCGGAUACCAUCCACGACCAUGCGUCCUACGCCUUCAACAGCUACUACCAAAAGAACCCCCUCCCCACCAGCUGCGACUUUGGCGGCACGGCCACCAUCACCACCACUGAUCCGAGUUCAGGGUCGUGCCAGUAUCCAGCGUCAAGCGGCGGCGCUCAAGGGAUGAUGCCCCCUCCAUCACCCACCGCUCUGACGCCGACCACGCCGAUGACCCCGACGCCGAUGACCCCAAUGACCCCGACGCCGAUGACUCCGGACACCCCUAGCACCGGGACGCCUAUGUAUGGAUCAAGCUCACCUCCGGACUUCGGGUCGAUGUCCCCUCCUGGCGGCCUAGGAUCAAACUCGCCGCCGGACUACAGCGACGUCGGCGCCGCCCCAGCGACGGCGAUGGGCAGGGCGACGCUGGCUAUCGUCAUCAUCCUCGCCGCGACGCUAUCCAUGAGCCUCGCCACAUGAGGCGAUACACGCAUCUCAAGGUGGCAACCCUAUGCUGCAGUCAAAGAAGUGCGCGCCGUUGGAUGCUGGGAUGCGCACACAAAGUUGCACCGCAGAACAGAAACCUCCCUGCCGCGAAACCUUGCCAAGCAGAGGCGCCCAUUUGUUUAGUACUCCUAGUAUCUUCACAACUCCGAAGCAUGCAUUGCUGAUGCAGCGGCUUCUAGCGUCGACCCUGCUCUAGUGGGGGGCAGCAGAUGUUUAUAUGUCCGAUCAUACCUAUUGUAUUUAGAAAAUUUAUGAGCAAUUUCAUUUCCUUA